AUGGCGUUCUACUUCCAACCUCCAGUCUUUGGGAACUACGUCCUCCCAAUAGUUCCCAUGAAUGUACCUACGACAGUGGUUGUUCCAGCACAAGCCACAAUAGCACCUGUUCAACUAGUCCCAGUGUAUCGACCUGUCUUUUCUUCACCCAUCAGGAUCAAAGUCAUAUACCACCGUGCAGGAACUGUUCUCGCCUCCAACGAUGCCCACUACAACUACCUUCCACCUCGAGAAACAGUGCUAGGAAACUUAUCUUGGUGGUCUGGACAGCAUGGACUUGGAGACAAAGCGUACAUCCGGCGAUGUACUUUGUAUCUUACGAGAAGCAACUUCUCGACCCUUACCAUCAAUCCACGAGAUGGGCCUAUUUCACCACCAGAUCUUGUGAAGAAGGUGUCAUUUGGCGAUAUGACAGCCCUGGAUUUUCAGACAAUGAUGAUGGAUACAGUAACGAAUAAUUAUGGAGCCUUUAUCUUGGUCGAUCAUGGUUAUGUGCCUAUUAAGAUCCUGGCGCAACAAACCGAUAACGACCAGAGUACUCCCCCGAGCGGAAGUUCAAAUGACACCACUGACAACAAACAGAGUAACUCGACCAACACUCAGCCUGAUGUUGCUGUUGUUCGUCAACCUUCACCACCGCCAGCCUCUUCGAUCAACACCAACGUGCCUGAACCUUCGAACACAGGAGAUACUACUACCAUCCCUGAGCCAACAGCGCCUGAUAGUACAGAUACAGUUGCAUCAACAAGUAAUAUUACUCCAGCGGGAACUGGUUCUGAGCCUGGACCUAAGCUCCCUAAAGUUGCAAGCGUGGAGCCUGAUAACACUGAAGAAGAAGGGGGCGUUGCAAGCGGUUAA